GGGCAUGAGCACAUUUCGUUUGUAUUUUCAAGCGCCUUUCGGGACAUUUUUUCUUAAAGUUUUCUUAGAAUAAGUUUGUAAUGGGAAAACAGAUCUUUGUGCCAUGUUUGGAUGUAAUAAUGAUCGCCUUUUUCCCAAGAAAUAUACAGUGAAAGAUUAUGUUUCUAAUACUAAACUAGAAAAAGGCGAUCAUUAUUACAUCCAAACACAGUACACGGAUCUUUUUCCCAUUACAAUCUUAACUUUAAGAAAAAAUGUCCCGAAAAGCGCUUGAAAAUACAAACGAAAUGUGCUCAUGCCCCCCUGGGCAUCCUAUAAUAAUCCUUAAAUCAAAUUAAUUCAAUAUGGCCGCCGUAUCGGUAAAAAGGUUUAUUACCAUCAAGUCUCUGCAGACAGUAAUUUUGAGGUGAAAAAAAAGUUGGAUCAGAACGCACCAAUUUGAUUUCGACUCUUCAUGGCCAAUAAAAUCACAGUUUAACUUACAGACAACCAAUAACAUCAUGACUUAAUUGACCAAUCAAGGCAAUAACCAGAGUAUAAUACCAUCAACUGACAUGAUGCAACUCACUUAGACUCUGAAGAUGACUACCGCACAGGUUGUUGAAACAUCAGUCACUAUCAACAACAAAAGUCCUAUUCAGGACUACAUUCAACCGGACGAUCAUGCUCAACCUACUUCUGAAAUGACUCAUGGGUUGAAGCAUUUCAUAAUAUUAAAAAUGAUAAUAAUAAUAAUAAUAAUAAUUUAUUAUUAUUAUUAUUAUUAUUAUUAUUAUUAUUAUUAUUAUUAUUAUUAUUAUUAUUAUUAUUAUUAUUAUUGUAGUGUUAAUGAUGGUGAUGAUGAUGAUUAGUGAGGUGAAUGCUCUGCUAUUCAACAUUUCAAUACAACAUCGCAACUGGUAAAUGCCAUGUUUAUGUAAUCCUCCAGGACCCUAAGGUGUAUGUGGAAACAAUACUAGAAGUUCAUCACAAGUACAAUGCUCUGGUUCUGACGGCUUUCAACAAUGAUGCAGGAUUUGUAGCUGCUUUAGACAAGGUCAGUUUGCUUUUUGGCUACAAAACUACCAGUGCAAUAUUGUUCACAUGUCCAUCCAGAUAAUUCCCAUUUAAAAGGAUGGUUUAAACUAGCUGAAUCUGUUGUCUUUUAUUAAAAUAAUUAUGUUUAUUCUGUAUUUUUACAGGCUUGUGGCAAGUUCAUAAAUAAUAACUUUGUCACUAAACAAGCACAAAGUUCUUCAAAGUCUCCAGAAUUACUAGCAAGAUACUGUGAUUCCUUGCUUAAGAAAAGGUGUGCUUAAAUUUUCAAUAUAGAAAAUUUCAUCUUCUUAUCCCAGGAUACUGUAAGGCUCGGCCAUUCCAAUCCAUCUAUCCAUCAAUCAGUUAACCCUUUAAGCCCCAAUAUCCACAUACAAAUUCUCCAAACUGAUCUCUAUACAUUUCCUUAAGGAAUAAGUUGAGAGAAUUUGGUAGAAGAUCAAAGCAUUUUCUCUUAAGUGAUCAUUUUAUUAACUCUGUUGGUCACUAUUGGGACUUAAAGGGUUAAUAGAGAGUUUAAGCUUCAAGUAUACGCAAACGCAAACGUCAGACUUUAGUUGAGAAUUUCUCCAAAUAGAAAAUGAGCAGAUAAAAACAGCUCAAAACAAUUCUUAUGGAUAAAAAAUUGCGUGAAACAACUAAUUUAGGUGUAGAAAUAAUGAACAGUAAACGACAAGUAAAGAGGAAGCUUGGUCACAUGGUAUAAAUUCGCGUUUGCCAUUUGACGUAAACGUGAUGCUUAACCUCUCUAAUAUCUUAAUUAAUGUGUCGGAAACCUUCUAGCACACCAUAAGUGGUGCACCAAACUAUAACACGCAGAUAUUGACCCGGGUAAAAAAUAUAUAGUUGAAGUCAAAGGAAGAGACUGCAUGCGACUGUUUUCAACUUGCACACAUGUAAAGUAGUGUUUCAAUUUUUAUUUGCGUCCUUUUCCAUUUUAAGAAAAAUCUUAAAUACAGGUUAAAUACAGAUUCAAUAUACGAAUAUAUGGUUUUUGAUCUUUGUGGCAGCUAAAUGUGUGGUAUGCUUGGUCUUGAGAUAAUUUUUCACAUUCUGCUAGGGUACAUUAUUGUGCCGUGUCUCAAAGUCUAGGGGCAGUUCAAAUUUUUGUCUGCCUCCGUGGGUGUGCAAGGGUUGCGGGUAAAAUGUGUUUAUUGUUACUUUUCUAUGUUAUUUAAGCUCAAAGAAUCCAGAGGAAGCUGAACUAGAAGACAUUCUUAAUUCAGUGGUAAGUACUUGAUGAAGAUCGCUGAAAGUUUUGCGACAAAUGCUGCCGGUAAUUACUAUCGCCUCGUCCUUACGUUUACGAUGUAAAGAGAUGCAGCGGACUGUUUAUAACAUUUUCAGGCCCUAACUUUGUUCCUUUGAGCAAAUGAAAGUAACAGACCUCUACAAAGCGGCUUAUUGUUUACAUUUAUUUCUUUUUUACCCUCGUUCAACUUGGGGUAUAUUUUUGGAACGGACGUAUACAAAACAUGGACCCCCGGUCCAUGGGCCACCACUGUGGACCUAGUCCAUGAACCUCUUUCUGGACCCGGUCCAUGGACUCCCUCCGUGGACCACCCCUAAUUUUUGAAGGUGAAUUUUUACCAGAGGUCCAAACGAGUGGACGAAACUUUGUCAAUUCAUAUUAUCAGGAUUGCAGGCUCCACAUGCUCAAUUUUUUCUGAAUUCCAUACAUGGGUUCGGUUUAGUCUGGAAGGAGAAACUAUUUGAAGGGAACAUGAGGAGAAGGAGGGAGGAAGUAUUCACUUAUGAAGCUUUUUCGUGUCAUCGAGUUGCGUGAAGAUCGACUUGUAUACGUCCUUUUGACACUGUCGCAGGAAGGACGAAACUUGAAGUCAUCUUCACUUCAUCUGUCAGUUUUAUCCUCCACCAGUAGGCAGGCUUCCGUUCAAUGCUUUGGCGCAGAAUGGGCUUCCGAAACAUCAGAUAAGGGAAAACAAACAACCUAGUGUUGUUGUUUGGCUCUCAGACUGUACAUUGUUCGACUAGCUGAAUUAAUCGGGCCCUCCGUUCGCUUCCCCUCCCCAUCCCCCCUCUUUCAUUUUUUGGCUCUCGUUUCAUUUCUCGCGCGGCCAAAACCGAAAAUCCCGUUCCUCUGUCUUUCUUUGCUCUGAAACCAAACGGAAACGCUUGCUGCGCAGACUAUAUUUGAGUCAUUUGUAAUCUGUAGACUCUUGUUGUAAAAUUACUUUAUGAGUUGAUUCUUUAUCACCUCUAAUUGUUGUUUUAUCUUUUUGUUUGUGCAGAUGGUUGUGUUCAAGUACAUUGAAGACAAAGAUGUCUUCCAGAAGUUUUAUUCCAAAAUGUUGGCAAAGAGACUGGUGCAACACAACUCCGCAUCAGAUGAUGCAGAAGCUAGCAUGAUAUCUAAACUCAAGGUAAAAUGAAAGAAUAUUACAUGCAACAUUUUCAAGUGAGCAAAAGCUAUAUUCAUGCCAUGCGCCCAUGCUAAGUAUUCCGGAUUCUGGAAUCCGAGAACUCUUUACUUUUGGAACCCAGAAUCCGGGAACGUUUUGCUUCUGGAAUCGCGAAUCCCGGGCUUUGGAAUCCGUAAUCCAGCUCAAGGAGUCUGGAAUCCCGCUAACCAUUGGAAUCCACGAUUUAAGUUCCACUGAUAAGAAAUCCGGAUACCAGUAUCUGAAAUCCGGAAUCCAAGACUGUCAUGGAUUAACUUCAAUGUGGUGAUGCCAUGUUUCUACAAUUUCUUGUCAUCUUUAGUUAUAGACGUUUGUGGCGUUUUAAAAAUAAGGAUAUUUGUUUCAUUUUUACUUGUCUUGUUGUCUUUGUUGUUGAUUGAUGACCCUGCUAAAGGUCGGAGUGUUUUUUUUCCCUUCCUUUACAGCAAGCGUGUGGUUUUGAGUACACAUCCAAACUUCAAAGAAUGUUCCAAGACAUAGGUGUUAGUAAAGACCUCAACGACAAAUUCAAGAGUCAUCUAACGAAUACGGGAGCCUUAGAUUGUGAGUUGUCUCGUCUUUCUCAGCUUGUGCCCGUUAUUAUUUUCCCUAUUUUCUUUUGUUGUCGUUGCUACUGCUGCUGCUCUUUAAUUUUUUGCUUUUGUGUUUCGUCUUAGUGGACUUUUCAAUCCAGGUUCUAAGUUCAGGAUCCUGGCCCUUUCAGCAAUCAGCACCAUUCUCGUUACCAGCCGAGGUACAGAUAUUUUUACUGUUUAAAACUUUCACCCUUAAAAAGAAAAACUUCACUAAGAAAAUAAUAGAGAGGUUUCAUUUGAAUGGUAACAACUCAGGAUUUCGGCCACAGAUUUCAAAGUUAGAUGGAAUUAAGUUGAUAGUUCUUUGUAGUAUCAAAACUUACAUAUGACCAUUGCCAAACGAGUAAAGUGUUUUUUUCGCGGUUGAGGUUUUCGGCCUCCCUGUAUUGAAAUGGAAUCUAAUUUGAUGUACACUGGGUGUAUUUGCUCAAUUUUUGUCGCUAAAAUUUUGAUUUAAAGGGGUAUUUUAUAUUGUGACCGGAGGUGUUAGUACAAAGUCUCCUCAAAUGUCUCGCUAAUGGGCCUUUUUUGGUUUUUGCUUCAGAUGGAAAGAAGUCAUCAGCGUUUCACAACAUUCUACAGCAGUCAACACAGUGGUCGCAAACUUCAUUGGCUUUACCACAUGUCCAAGGUAAACAAUACACUUCCUCUAAAACUAUGUAAAAUACUGGAAAGUAAAUUUCCCACACGUUUUAAGACAAGUCGAUUCAAUCUAUACGUGUUGAAUCGCCGCUGCCGCAGGUGGAGAAGUAACUUGUACCUUUCAACUUUGACCCCCUAGACACUCCACCACACUGUUGCGAAAAGAAUCAACAAGCUCUGUUAAUUAACUUGCGUGCUUUCUUUUUAUCUUCAGGGUGAACUGGUGACCAACUGUUUCAAGAAUCGCUAUACUCUCCAGGUGAGUAAUGAUACCGUGGCUUUUUGUCUUGAUGCUAUUGUGUCCUCAUUUCGCGUGGUAUUAUCUUUGCUUAAUCUUUUUGUUGUUUCGAGUUCUUAAAGAGGCUUUGUCAUGAGAAUAUUGCUGUUUUAGCUCAAUUCUGUGCUGAAGUCAUUACUUGGUGCCUUUAUCCAUACACAAAAUGCUCCUGUAAAGUUAUGAAGAACAUAUCAAACAAACUUUAUCAGGGAGCACUAACCAUUGUAAUUUUUUGGUGAUUUUUGGAGGUAUAGCAUUAAAACUUUCAACUUGUUCAUGGUUCAAUCCAUGUCCAUCAUUUUUAUCCGUUGCAGCAGACGACAGGAAACAGUUUCAUUGCCUAAAUAUAAUCCGAAAUAACAAAAACUGGUCCAUUACCUUUGGAAUUCAAAGAAAAGAUAACAAACGGUUUGCGUCGAUGUUUGUUUUGUUCUAGGCAUCCACCUACCAGAUGGGUGUUCUUCUGAUGUUCAAUAAUUCUGACAGUCUCACCCUGGAGCAGAUUCAGGAGCAGACACAGCUUAAAACGGUGGGCGUCCUGUGUUGGUUGUUGCUUGCUUAUAUUAACAUUUCAUGACAGGCUCGGCUGUCAGACAGACACUUCCCUAGAAAAGGAUUGGGGCGGGGGAGUCCAAACCUCCCCCCUCCCGUCGCUUGCAUUCCCGGUUACUGCCCCUUUUUUCUUGGAUUCUUCCCUUUAGCCUUGAAGCAUUGUUGCCUAUUUUCCCUCUAUUUCUUCCACUUCCCACCCCUUUAGUAUUUCCACCUCGCCCCCUUUCCCCUCUUGCCUUCCUUUCCCCUAACAGCCUCCCACCCCUCACCUCCUCGACUAACAACCUGGGGUUUUUCUUACUGUAAUUCCUUUGGUCUGUUUCUCGGACUCCAUUUGAAAGACACCUAACCAUGAACUGGUCCCAUCAGUAGACCACUAGCAUCCCCCCACCCCCGUAUUGUCACAGGGGUAAGCAAGUCGACCAGGAAUAAUUGGCGCCGAUUUACCGACCCACGAGCGAACUAUCAAAUCGAGGGGUAGGGGUAGAGUGUAGUUCCCUUCCUACCACCCCGAGUCCAGAUUGAGCCGAUAGGAAACUGAACGCUUGAAAAUCCAGGGAAACUGAUGUCAGUGUUUUGUCUUUCAUCAGUCGUUUCACACCGUUUCAACGCUAGUAUAGUUCUUAGUCCUAAUAUUGCGAUACUCCUGAGCUUUAAUCACCUACUAUAUUCUUGUAACUUGUUUGCAGGAUAUUCUUUUGCAAGUUCUUGGAAUCCUGUUGAAGUCGAAACUUCUCGUGAGUAAUUGCGUUUUUAACAGUUUUAUCAUACCAACUUUAACUGGGGUGUUGGGGAGAGAGGUUCUAGCUUGUUUGCCUGUCAUUGAUCUGUAAAAUCCCCCUCACUUAAUAGUGGGGAAAAUUUGGACGCCCAAUCGAGUAACUUGAACCUUGCAACCAGCGGAUUUACGUGUAACACCCUAUCCACUCAAGAACAAAUUAGGAAUAGCGAGGAUUUAUUGGAGGAAAAGACUGAAAAGUAAAAUUAAUUGCCCAAAAACUGUCUCUAACCAACUGUGACUAUUGUAUUUCUAUUAGGUCUGCGGUACAUCUGAAGACGGCUCCAACCUAGAUCAACAAUCUUCAGUUAGUCUUUACCUUGGAUACAAAAAGUGAGUGGAACACAAAUCUUCUUCGCUCGUUUACAAAUAUAAUCAAAUGAUAGCAGUUGACACAAAGUUAAGUAGAAACUAGUAGAAGUCACUUCCAGAUUGUAUGACGUCACACAAGAGCUAGAAAAGUGAAAGUGAUGUGAGACCAGAUCGCGAGAGGCCACGCGUGAGCAGAACCCGCAAGGGGACGUUCGCGCGUUUUCUCGCUGCUCGCAUUGCUCGCCACUCGAAGUGAAAAGCUUGUUCGCACGCUAUUGACAGGGCCUACGGUUAUUCGUCGCUAUCCGUAAAGGCUAUUUGUAGAUACCAGUAAAGGAAGGGCUUUGUCCCCAGUUAUUUACGACCCUGAGUGUUGGUUCGCCUGGGAAGCGAACCAGGGGCAACAGCUCUUAAGUUAAGUAUCCGACCAAAAGUUGGGUUUACCAGUCAUUGGUGAUCCUAGCAACCUUUACGUCGGCUUCUUCUGAAGCCUUUCAAAUAACCGGGCUUCAUAAUAGUCAAAACACUUUAUUUUUGUUGAAAAUCAUGUUCUUAUUCUCCGUAAUAAAUGGCUGGCUGUCUAACCCGGCGGAUAUUAUAUUUCCUGAUCCUGUGGCUUGUUUAUUUACUGUGCAGUAAGAAACUGAGAGUAAAUAUCAACGUGCCAAUGAAAACGGAGCAGAAACAAGAACAAGAACAAACACAUAAAUACAUUGAAGAGGACAGAAAACUUCUUAUACAGGUGAGAUGCUUAAGUAGUCCUGAAAGAGUUUUUCGUUGUUGUUGUUGUUGUUGUUGUUGUUGAAAAAGAAACCUUUAGAUUCUCAGACGAGAACGACUACGAGUACGAGAUUUUCUCUAUAUGGAGUAUUGCGCACGUGAACUAGCGUCAUUUUGGCGCGAAAACAUGAUAGCCGUCGUCAUUCUACUACGAGUGUUAACGAAAAUGUCGUAGAGGCGGAGACAAGUUUUGUCAGUUAUCAAAUGUUAGGAGAUUUCAUCAGUUUGCGUUCGGGAGAGGGCUUAACCUCCUUCAAUAAAAAGGACUGUGCUAACUUUUCUGGUGAAAAAAACCGCUAUGAAGCUUUCCGGGGGUUGACUUUUUGAGAAUACGUUAAGUCUCGUGUUAAAUCUCGUCCUCGAAUCUAAAGGUCUCUAGUAAGAGUAAAUUCGACAACUAUUACCGGGCGUCGGAGACAUUCAGAAAUCCGCGAUAUGUACGCAAGCUAGACAGACUGUGGACUACUGAAAAAACUACUAAGGGGCUCAGUCCCGGAACGUGCAUUUUGCUACAGCGUUAGAACUUAAAGCUGUCAAGAGGAGAACUCAGCGAGGAUUUUUGGUGAGGAAACCUCUUGGAAUGGUGUCAUUAUUUUGAGCUGUAAGCUGAAAGCUUAGUUUCACUUUGUUGACUUACAGGCCGCGAUCGUGCGGAUCAUGAAAAUGAGAAAGAUGUUAAAACACCAACCUCUGCUGGCGGAGGUUCUAUCACAGCUGUCAAGCAGAUUCAAACCUAGAGUUCCUGUCAUUAAGGUACAGCUUUGUUUAUUCAUUCAUUCGUGUGCGCUUGCGUGCGCGCGUGCGUGCGCGCGUUUGUUCGUUCAAAACACGAAAUAACAUUGAUGCAGGAGCAUUGCGUGCAAUAUGUUGCAGGCACAUUUCGUUCAAUAUUACCCUCAACAUGCUAAGCUGCUUGCAGGCGUAUGACGCACGAUAUUUCUAACAACGGCCUUUUUUUUUUACAAAAAAUACAUUGCCUUGAUCUCCCAAACAGUUAUAAACUCAGGGGUACGAGGUAAAAGAAGAAAUAAUAGCACACUGAAAAGAAAUGAGCAGCAGAAGAUUGGCUCCUACGCUGCCGUUGUUUGUAUGGGAGCGUUGAGUAACGAUCAAUGAACGGCUCUGUAGGACGAGCGGCUUAAUUCGAGUGUACUGAUUUGCUAAAGAUUGAAAGUUGAGUCACACCAUUACACAAAUUGUUAUAGAUGUCGGACAUAAGGUGGAAUUUAUUUCCUGUACUUCCUGUAAUCUAAAGCAACAUAACGCAAAACAUUAUCAGCAGUGGACACACGAUGCAAUUUAGUAAUUGUGCGCAAUAUUGCAGCCUCGGGACGUUUAGGCCAUGUGCCGUCGAAGUCUGUAAACGUUUACAGGCUUAGGUAUUACGGCUGUCCAGAUUUGAGCGAUAUUUUUUGCGAUUUCAUUUAAUUAUGAUCUUAUUCUGAAGACCAUUGACGAAAAUAUCCGUUUGUAUCGGUCCUUUUUGGACAGAAGCCGUACAUGUGAAUAGGGAGCUUUAGCAUCGACGACGGCGACGGCGACGGCGACGGCAACAAAAAUGUCACAAAAUGAAUUCGCGUUUUUUCAAACUCUGUUACAUUAAUUAUUCCGAUUCGCUGAAAAUGACAAAUGUAAGCGAAUUUUCCUUGAGUUGAAUUCUUGGGGACCGCACUCAAGUGUAGAAAGAGAGAGAAGAAAUUCGCCUUAGUGUGUUUAUGUUCUCCAGAAGACCUCGCAUAAGGAAAUUUUACGACGUGUUCGUGCAUUGACGGCAGAUUAAUGUACCACAAAGUAUGCUGCACGUGUAAAAUUUCUGUUUUUUGAUGUUUUCGUUGCCGUCGCCGUCCCCGUUGCUUUUGCUACCCUGCAUGUGUUCACAAACGUGAAUGCGACUAAUGUGCACAAUGCCUUUAUCUGGUUUUGUGGAGUGCAGUGCAGUACACGAGGUGCGUGAUUUCAAUGAUCCGUCGCGUGAGAUACUUAGUGACUCUUCUUUUGUUUGGUUUUUGUUCUUCAGAAAUGUAUUGAUAUCUUAAUCGAAAAAGAAUAUCUUGAGCGAGUGGAGGGAGAGAAAGACACUUACGCUUACUUGGCGUAAGAGCAGCCGCCAGCCGCUGACCAAACUGCUUGCAGGACGGGAUGGGAUUUGAAAUCAGCAGCUGCUUCCAAAUUGAACGAACCGCACGAAGAUAAAAAAUUAUAUAUAUAUAGUAUUACUUCCUUUUUUACUGAGAGCGGCUGAUCAGACAAACGGAACGCGAUUAAAAUGUGCAGUGAAGUUUCAACUUGUCAAAACAAAGGAACUGGUUACUUUUAUUGAUUUGGUAAACGCCAUUCUGUGGGCGCCAAGCGUGGAUUGUCUCAUCGCAUCGCGGCUUGAGAUAUGACCUGUUGCUAAGCUACUCUCCUCUUUGCUCCUUUAUUGUGGUAUCUUCGUGUAAUAUUUAUGUAUUUUUGCUAGUUUUUACACACGGGAAGCAUGUUCUCGUGAA